UGUGUUCUCGUGGAAGUGUUAUAAAACAAUAAACACACAGUCUUUGCGCAAAACAGGAUCAUUUAAGGGACACUGGCGAGCGGACUUCAGCUCUUUUGUUCCGCGGCUUGGAAAAAGAAAUGGACACGAAUAGCACAUUAGCCAAAACAUCAGGAUAAAAUUUUAUAAUUUUAUUUUACAAGUAGCUCUUUUAUUUAACAAACCUGUAAGUUAAGGUUUUAUAUUGUGUGUUUUUAAAAAAAAGUUAUAAUGAAGGGCUGUGCGGUGUCAAGACCGAGGAGGAGGAGGUGGAGCAGCGGGGCGGCCGGGCUGCUGUAUCCGCUGCUAGGUGCGUGCCUCUGGGCUGCGGUGGUCGGGUACAAGCCGGUGAUCAUAGUGCACGGUUUGUUCGACAGCUCAGCGGAUUUUAAAAACCUACUUGGGUUCAUUAACGAGUCCCAUCCUGGAACAAAUGUGACGGUUAUCGACUUGUUCGACAGAAGUGCCAGCCUGCAGCCCAUGUGGAAGCAAGUGGAGGGAUUCAAGGCAGCUAUUUACCCAAUAAUGCAAAAUGCAGCAGACGGGGUCAACUUUAUCUGCUACUCUCAAGGUGGACUUAUUUGCAGAGGAAUCCUCUCCACUCUGUCUGACCACAACGUCCAGUCUUUCAUCUCUCUGUCCUCGCCUCAAGCCGGACAAUAUGGAGACACAGACUACUUGAAGUUCCUCUUCCCACAGUUUGUGAAGUCCAACCUCUACCACCUCUGCUACACUGCAAUGGGUCAGAGGAUAUCCAUCUGCAACUACUGGAACGACCCCCACCACAGAGACAUCUAUGUGAACAGUAGUGAUUAUUUGGCUCUGCUCAACAGUGAGAGACACAAUCCAAAUUCAACAGAGUGGAGGAAGAACUUCCUCAGAAUCAAAAAACUGGUCUUAAUCGGAGGACCAGACGAUGGAGUCAUCACUCCCUGGCAGUCAAGUCAGUUUGGAUUUUAUGACAACAAUGAGACCGUCGUUGAGAUGCAGCACCAAGAUUUUUAUUUAAGAGAUGUUUUCGGCCUGAAGACGCUGGCAGCUCGUGGAGAUCUGAUCAUCUGUUCGGUUCCCGGUGUCGAACACGUCUUUUGGCACUCAAAUGAGACCGUGUUUCACACGUGCAUGGAGAAGUGGCUCGUGUAGAGAAAAACUCUUGUACGGCCAUGUAUGAAACUCUGCUUUUACAAACCACUGUAAAGCAUCCUCACAAACAUUUGUGAGUGUACUCGGAAGGAUAAAAUCUCAGCUUUGGGAUUGGAUUGCCAGUGUUUGUUUUUCCUUGGACAUUUUGUUGGUAAGGUUUGUUUUUCUGUAGAUACAUUUAGUUUUUUAUGCUCAUCCUAUUAACUACUUAAUUACUUUAAAAAGAAUAGUUUGACAUUUAGGGAAAUGCACUUAUUUGAUUUCUUGCGGAGAGUUCAGAGAAAAUUUAUAUACACUGCAGACUUGCAGUGCUAUAUGACAGAAGCUAUAUCCAGCAGCUGGUUAACUUAGCAUAAAGACUGAUGGAAACAGUAGCUCUGACCAAAGCUAACAAAAUCCACCUACCAGCACCUCUUAAAUGCUAUAAAUAACACAUGAUAUGUUUAUUUAAACUGCACAAAAAUCUUUUAAGAAACAUUUAUUUGAUUUUAUGAGACAUUAUGUGCCAGACUAUUUCUUGGACUGGUGCAGUUGCUUCUUGGAGUCUUGUUGUUACUUUGAGGUUACAGGGCAACCAGUGGAAACUCCCGGAAGCUACUGGUCCCUGACAAAUAAAACACUGUAAAACCACGAAGUGUUAUCUUUACACUCCAGUUUUAUAGGGUAUAGCCUGAUGUGUAAAUCAGUGGGCUUGAGGUGCUUGAUUUUUUUUAAACUUUGGACAGAGUCAGGCUAGCUGUUUCUCCUGUUUUCUUUAUUCUAUGCUAAGCUAACUGGCUGGUGACUGUUCCUAUUUAUCAUAUGGACACAAAAGUGGUAUUGAUUUUCUUUUCCAACUCUCGGAAAGAAAGGGAAAAAGAGUACAUGUCAAAAUGUUAAAUUAUUCCUUUAAAUAUUUAUUUUAAACCGUGCUGCUGUUGUCAGACAAAUUCAGCACAUCCCUGUGUGAUUUAUAUUUUCUAUACCCUAAAAUAUAAUGCACAAAUGGUCAGUAGCAACAAACAUAAAUAACUUCAUAAACUACAGUUUGCAACGGUGAAGCUAGUCACACAUUAAAGGGGCAUUCCAGCUAUUUAGAAUUGCAUCUCCAUUUCCCUCAUGUCUGCUCUUACGGUGUAAAAAAUGGUGGAGUGCCCCUUGUUAAUUUGUAUGAAAGCUUUAGUUUAUUACUUUUACUUACAUAGAGUGUAUAUUAAUGUGUGCAUCUGUGUGUGUUUGGUCACACAUACCUCAAAAACCCACACAACACAACAGUGCCUGAGCGAUGUUCUGUCAUCUUGUCUACAUGUACAGACUCACUGCCCUGCUCAUCUUAUGAUAUAUGAAUUUAUGUCUUGUUAUCCUUCCAUUUUUAAACCUGGUGGGAUCUUGUUUUUUGUAGCGUGCACAUACGAUCAUGAAUAUCAUGCUUAUCGUCGUCAUCAUGCAGUGCUUUCGAACUUUAGUAGAUUGCGCCUUAAAUAUUGCCCACAUGCCUCAGCGUUUCAUGUUUCAUACCAAAGUGCUAAGACACACUGCCUUUAGUGAUGGUGCUAAAACAAACGAUAGAGAGGGGUGGAGACUGGCCAGAGAGUGGCAGUGCUAUAUUAGUAUUUACUUGUCCACCAGGCUAUUGUACGUGGCAGUCUUUACCUCCCAUCGUGUUUAGAUAUCUCAGGCGUUUUAGCAACCUUCUCGUUUGUCUCUAGCAGAAAGGGGAUUUUCUUCUUUAAUAAUUUGCAUUUUGUUGGAUGUUUAAGGCUGCCUCUUGUACUUUUAGGUGUUCCUUAAAAGAUGAAGAAUGGAAAUAUCUAUUGUGCGAUAAAAACAAGAAGUAAAUUACUAUUUUUAAAGUAUGCAUUGCACAAUAUUUUGCCAGAUAAAAAGAAGGGAAAUGAUGAAUCUGGGAAUAUUUUAACUUAACUUGUAAAGUUGUUACAUUUGCAGUAUACUUAUGUUGCAUUCUUUUGUUUUAUGUAUGCUUGUAGAAAGUCAUUGCAUACAAUAUGGGUUUAAGGGAUGUCCUCUCUGUUCAGUUUUCUUGGCUUUACAAACAGAAAUUGUAGAUUUGGACACUUUUUUUAAAAACUCAAACAGAAGCUACUAUUUUGAACCUGUCCUACAAUUUCUACAGUAUUUGGUCUGCAAAUAAAAAUGUGUAAAAUGUUGUCAAUUUUUCUUCAAUAAAAGGUAGUUAUGAA